UAGCUCAUAGAUUUUGCGCUUUUGGGAUGCGCGAACUGGUAUUUCAAGUGACGGAGGCGUGAGCGUAAAACCCUAAAAACCUGUUUUUUCCCCUGCUUUUUGGCUUUAAACCCCAUAAUUCAUUUAGUGGCCUACCCGCAGAAGAACACGCCAAAAUGGCAGACAAAGAAGUGUAUGAUGAUGCAGUGGAGGAGAGAGUAAUAAAUGAGGAAUACAAGAUCUGGAAGAAAAACACACCGUUCCUAUACGAUCUUGUCAUGACACAUGCACUCGAGUGGCCGAGUUUAACAGUGCAGUGGCUUCCUGAUGUGAACAGGCCUGAGGGAAAGGACUAUGCAGUUCAUCGGCUGGUGCUGGGCACACACACUUCAGAUGAGCAGAACCACUUAGUCAUCGCCAGCGUUCAGAUCCCCAAUGACGACGCUCAAUUUGAUGCGUCCCACUACGACAGCGAGAAAGGAGCAGAGUUUGGAGGGUUUGGUUCGGUGAGCGGAAAGAUCGAGAUUGAGAUUAAGAUCAACCAUGAAGGAGAAGUGAAUAGGGCCAGAUACAUGCCACAAAACCCCUGCAUCAUCGCCACCAAGACCCCCACCUCUGAUGUGCUGGUGUUUGACUACACCAAACACCCAUCUAAACCAGACCCCAGUGGAGAGUGUAGUCCAGACCUGAGACUGCGGGGACAUCAGAAGGAGGGAUACGGUUUGUCCUGGAACCCCAACCUGAGUGGAAACUUACUUAGUGCAUCAGACGACCAUACAAUCUGUCUGUGGGACAUCAGUGCUGUUCCAAAGGAGGGGAAGAUAGUAGAUGCCAAGACCAUCUUCACAGGGCAUACAGCUGUGGUGGAGGAUGUGUCCUGGCACCUUCUACAUGAAUCGCUGUUUGGCUCUGUGGCUGAUGACCAGAAACUCAUGAUCUGGGACACACGAUCCAAUAACACAUCAAAGCCCAGUCACUCUGUGGAUGCCCACACGGCCGAAGUCAACUGCCUGUCCUUCAACCCAUACAGCGAGUUCAUUCUGGCCACUGGCUCAGCAGACAAGACUGUUGCAUUGUGGGAUCUGCGUAACCUGAAGUUGAAGCUUCACUCUUUUGAGUCGCAUAAGGAUGAAAUCUUCCAGGUCCAGUGGUCCCCCCAUAACGAGACCAUCCUGGCCUCCAGUGGCACAGACAGACGCCUCAAUGUUUGGGACCUGAGUAAAAUUGGAGAAGAGCAGUCUGCGGAGGACGCAGAGGACGGACCACCUGAGCUGCUGUUCAUUCAUGGUGGGCAUACAGCUAAGAUCUCUGAUUUCUCCUGGAACCCAAAUGAACCCUGGGUAAUCUGUUCUGUGUCAGAGGACAACAUUAUGCAAGUAUGGCAGAUGGCUGAAAACAUCUACAAUGAUGAAGAGCCAGACACCCCCGCAUCAGAGCUGGAGGGCCAGGCGUCAUAACUGAUCUCAUUAAAAAUCUACAAACUUUUCAUGGCUUCUUACUCCUCAGCUUUUGCUUUUCAGUAUUAUUCCAUAAAAUCCAUCCUUUUACUUUGUUACUCCAUACAUACCAGAUACUUUACCCAUUACAGGGUCCUUCUGUAGACUAAAAGGUUCAGCCCUCAUCCAUUUCACUAGAGAAGUUUGGCCUUAGAUGGUUUGGAGAAAGACUGCACCACUUGUUCAAUCACUUCUGAGAAGUUCUGGCCUGGUGUGGCUCAUCACAGUUUUAAGUUUUUCUGCAUAAACCUGGUGUCAAUUUGCAAUAAAUCUUUUGUAAUAACUUUUAAAAUGAUUUUGUAUUCCUAAAUUGUUGAUAAUUGUCUGUACUUAAUUCACUCAAAUUGAAAAUAAAGUACAGAUCAACUGUAAA